GUUUUUUUUUGGUCUAUAAGAUGAUUUUAAAUUGAAAAAAAAAAAAUCAUCUAUAGAAGAUUAGGACUGAAGAGGACCAUGAGAAGAGGGUUCCUUUAAGCAAGCGACAAAUCGUUGAAAUGAACCUCUCUCAAGCCGAAAGCGAAGCGGGUCCAUCAGCGAUGGACUCGGUCGGAGCAUCUCUUAGAGCCGCCAUAUCGCGGUGGGAGUUGGCGGUGUGGCGGCAGUACCAGCACGUGCUAGACAAAUGGACGCCACACGUGGGGCGGCGGUGGGUGGGGUUGUUGGUGGUGGCGUUGAUAUACGCGCUGCGUGUGUACUUGGUGGAAGGGUUCUACUUAGUGUCGUACGGUUUGGGAAUAUACAUCCUCAACCUUCUGAUCGGGUUCCUCUCCCCUCAGGUGGACCCCGAGAUUCUUGACGCAGAGGGCCCCACCCUCCCCUCCUCCGUUAACGACGAGUUUCGUCCAUUCGUUCGCCGCCUCCCGGAGUUCAAGUUCUGGUACUCAAUCACAAAGGCCUUUUGCGUUGCAUUUGUGAUGACUUUCUUUAGUGCGUUUGAUGUUCCUGUGUUCUGGCCAAUACUCCUCUUCUACUGGGUGGUCCUAUUCACGCUUACAAUGAGGAGACAGAUAUCUCACAUGAUUAAGUACAAAUAUCUACCCUUCUCAUCUGGAAAACAGCGCUAUGAUGGAAAGAGAGCAUCACCUGAAAGCCCAAGCCUUUCAGAGGGCUGAACUUUUCAGCUAGAGCAAUAUGAAGAUGUGAUGGGAAGUUGAAGAAAAUUACUCUAAGAGUCUUAUGUGGACCACGGGAUGUCCAAUUCUCAUUUGAGCAAAUUGUUUGGACAUUAGGCGUAUUGGAUAUUUUUACACCUUAGUAAAGGAUCCAAAUAAGGAAAAUAUAAUUGGAGUUUCGGAGGGCUCUUUCUUUACUCAAUUCCCUUUCCUGUGUUUGUAUCUCUAUGUAGUUGGGCAAAUGCCUCUGGUUCCUGAAUUAAUCAUCAAAUAACUAGUUUUAUUUUGUAUUUCUUGCAAUGCAAUUAUAUGAGUUAUCUUUUUAUACUGCA